CGCUUUCACUGUGGCUGUGGCUGGUCUCCUGCCUGUGCAGCCCGACUCUCCUCCUCCUCUUCCUCAUAUUUCUCACCGCAUCCCCUUUACCACCUGCCACAGCGGCGACGCAGCGAUGGAGAUGGUCUGGAAAUCAGCUUGUUAUAAACCCUUAAAAGACAACAACUGAGAGAGAGGCGUAGAGACGCGCAGAGGGCAAGAGAGGAAAGGUGGAGGCAGAAGGUAAGAGACAGAAACGGGCAGUGACAGGCGGAAACACAGAAACAUAUGGUUUGCGUGAAGAGCGGCUGUUUGAGAGGGCUGCUGGAGCGGACAGAAACUUAUUAAACCGCGGAGACCGGCUCAGAGCUCUGAUCUGAUCCGCCCAUCUCAUUUUACGCACUUCUUUGCCUUUCCCCCCUCCCCAGCUGUUUCCAGCUCACCUGUUCUCUCUGCCUGCACCUCUGCUACAUUAGUUUGUGCAGGGUGGAUUGCGGUUAUUGGACCCUGAAAGCGCGCGGGCACAGACUCACACACACAAGCACGCGCGCAGACCAUCACAAGACGCGCUGCAGCUACAAAAGCUUGUUGCAAGGAGGAAAUUGAAUUAGACAAGUUAUUCCCACAGAAGAAGAAGAGGAGGGAAACUCGACUCCCGGCUUCCCCAGCUCAUCGUGUCUCCACUGUAGUCCUCACCCCCACGCAUCCCACCACAUCCCUCGCUCUCCUAUCAACUCCUCGCGGUAACAAGAAGCCAUGUCUGGACAGACUGUGACAAUCCCGGACGACCAGGCGUUUGCCAGCUUCAAGGCCGAGUGUGUGUGCGAAGAGGGCUGGAAUAUGACCUACAACAAAGGGGUCGUCACUGUGUGGACCCAGUCUCUGGAGGAGGGGAAGUCCAUCCACAAAAUUAAGUGUCGGAUGGUGUGCAAGGAUGUGUCAGCUGAGACCAUGUAUGACGUUCUCCAUGACAUUGAAUACAGAAAGAAGUGGGACACAAAUGUCAUUGAGACCUUUGAUAUUGGGAAGCUUACGGUCAAUGCGGAUGUUGGUUACUACUCAUGGAAGUGCCCAAAGCCACUUCGGAACCGUGACGUCAUCACGCUCCGCUCCUGGCUGCCAAUAGGAAAAGAUUACAUCAUCAUGAACUACUCUGUCAAACAUGCCAAAUACCCACCUAAAAAGGACAUGGUACGUGCAGUUUCCAUUCAGACUGGCUACAUGAUCCAGAGCCAGGGACCUAAUAACUGUACCCUCACUUACAUGGCCCAGGUGGAUCCUCGAGGUUCGCUACCCAAGUGGGUUGUCAACAAGUCUUCCCACUUCCUUGCUCCAUGCGCCAUGAAGAAGAUCUGCAAAGCCUGUGUGAAGUAUCCAGAGUGGAAGCAGAGACAUAACCCUGGCUUCAAGCCGUGGCUUUACCCAGAACAGACUACAUUGCCCAGCAUCCCGCUCUCUGAACUCAGCAUCCAGCGGGCAGAGAGCCUGGAGAAUAUUGAUGAGAGCUCCUUGGCUGAGGCCCAUGAAAGAGAAGACAGCGACUGACACACACACAUUCACAAGCAGCACACACACUCAUACGUUCAAGCAGGGAUGCAGAAAUGCCCGUAACAUGCACCAUGACAUGUACGUGUAUGUGAUUCUAUUUGUAAGUAUGUGUAAACAUACACACAUAGAUACACGUACUUGUAUCCAUAUUGUACAUGCAAAGUGCACAUGCAGGCAUAUCAGUAGGCACAUAUAGGUAAGCAUUCAUGUAGACAGACAGUCACACGUUAACAUGCGCAAUGUGGGAACAAACUCACAACAUACAACAGCUUCACUCAAACUAAAUUUCGAGAACUUUUAGCCUAGUCAGUUUUCUAGCUGCGACCUAUGCAGGUCAUUGCAGCUGAAUAUGUUUUCAGUAAGAUUUCAUGUCAGAAUGUUUACAGACUAACCUGACAGUGCACCUUCUGCUGUCAAUCAAAAUAUGACUGAAUUAUUAGAAUUAAACUGCCCUCUUUAAGCCACUAGUCACACACUUCAGCGCAAGAUUACACACACACACACACACACACACUAUUCAUUUAUGCUACACUAAUGCCUUCACAUGUGUACACCCUCUCCCCCUAUCAUCGUCUCUCGGUCCAAUGUUAUGUGCCUCCAUCACAUUUUGUAAGCACAUGAUAAAUAUGCAGGUGUGCAGAAGGCAGCUGGAAAACCCACCCCAACCUGCAUCCACGUGUGUCUCACAUACACGCACACACUCACGCACGCAUUCAACACUCACACGUACUGUCUGAUCCUCUGUUCCAGAGAUGGAUGAAUGUAUGUAGAAAUUCAAGAUUAAAUACAGAUUCCUACAGAGGUUUUCAAAUUUCA